AUAGGAGGAGGAAGAAAGAGAUUAAGGGGUGAGAGAGAAAAGAAAGCGCCGGCGACUCUCUCGCCGGAAAACCAAGGUAGGGAUUUUCCGGCGAGCGUUUGAUGAACGGUCAUCGCCGGCGAGGGAACAAAAAGAGAAUGGGCCGACGAUUGGUGACGUUCGAGGAGUUGCCGGCGUACCUGAAAGACAACGAGUUCAUCUUGGACCAUUACCGGUCGGAAUGGUCGGUGAAGGAUGCAUUGUUGAGCGUCUUCAUGUGGCACAACGAAACGCUAAAUGUUUGGACGCAUUUCGUGGGGUUUUUGAUAUUUGCGACCAUGGCGGUGCUCGGAGGUUGUCUCUCGAACAUGUUCAGUGCACCGGCGAUGGAAAAGCUAAUCAACGGUUCUCACCCUGCCACCACGGGAUUCCUGGAUUCGCAUUUGAGACACAUAUUGUCACCGUCCAUGAUUCAUGAGGUGAGCCUGAGAGAGGAUGUUGCAGAAACAAUUCCUACAUGGCCUUGGUUCGUUUUCUUAGCUGGAGGAAUGGGGUGCUUGGCUUUCAGUCCUCUUUCCCAUCUUCUGGCCUGCCACUCCAAACCCUUCAACCUGUUUUUCUGGCGUCUAGAUUAUGCAGGAAUAUCUCUUAUGAUAGUCUGCUCUUUCUAUGCUCCAAUUUACUAUGUUUUUUUCUGCAAUCCUUAUAUAAGGACACUCUAUUUGACCACAAUAUCUGUGUUUGGAGUCAUGGCCAUCGUUACCCUUCUUUCCCCCUCACUUUCUUCCUCUCGCUUUCGAUCCUUCAGAGCAACUUUAUUUCUCUCCAUGGGAUUUUCAGGAGUGGUUCCCGCUGUUCACGCUCUUGUGACCCAUUGGGAACACCCGCAUGUUGUUGUUGCACUCGGAUAUGAACUUGUAAUGGCCAUUCUAUAUGCCACCGGAGCUGUGUUCUAUGUUACUAGAAUACCAGAGCGAUGGAAGCCUGGGGCAUUCGAUAUUGCUGGCCACAGUCAUCAGAUUUUUCAUUUUUUUGUUGUUCUUGGGGCGCUUGCACACACUCUAGCCACACUACAAGUAAUGGAAUUUCGACGGGGGUCGCCCACCUGUGCAUUUUAA